GUUCGGAGAGAGUCGGCCUUCCGAAACGUCGGUCAUUACGAACAUGAAUUCUCAGGCUCAUGCCGCAGCAUAGCUGCGCCAGAAAUGAAUCUGUUUCUGCGUCUAUAAUACGACUGAGUAUGCCGAUUGGCCAGCGUCAUUGGAGCUGGGAAGGUGUUCUACAUACAAGUAUGCCUAUAAUUACUGAACAAGUCAAGCGACGUGGUGUCGUGAGAGUGAGGGAUGACUAGGCUGACAGUGGUCUGAUAUCUAUAAUCAAUCCGCAACUUCCUCUUUCCUCUGAUUGGUUUUUUGAGAAAUACUAGCAUCAUACCUUGAUCGUCUUGGCGCUGUGUGUUGAUUGAAUACAACGCAAACGCUUAUACAUUUUUGGCGCUAGUAGAAUUGGAGUUUUUUGAUUAGGAUGGUUGGCCUCUAGAAGAGUUAGCUCUUCACUUCGGUUUGGCUGUGUUUUACAUUGAUUAAAUAAGAGAAUGGACAACAAGUAGUGCAUAUAAACACAAACAAGAACUCCCCCGUUCGGUAUGAUCAUUCCUUGUCUUCUUCCGCUAUGAAAUCUUCUACUAAAUCUUACUGGGUGUUCCGGUCGUGUAAUAAAGAACUGAUGGGUUGUCAAGUCAAGAAAGAAGACCAAGAAAUCUCGUGCAGCAGGAAGGUCAAAACAAAAAUCUAAACAAAAUAAAAAUAGAAUAUCCUAAAUAAAAAGCUAAAAACCGUGAUGCUGAUCCUCCCCCAAGUGAUGAGAAAUGACCUUGGUCAGAUGUAUGAAGUUGGUCGUGGUGGUGGAUAAAAAGUUGGUGUGCGUCUUGGGAAUAAGUACUCGUAGGAUUAUUAGAUUGACAGAUUGGCGAUGUGCUAGGAUUUUUAGGUUGAUAGAUGGUAGUUUCUUCAUCUUCCCAUCUUUUGCUGGUAGCACUAUUUUCCUGGAUGGUGGUGGUUGUUAACAUUGUGGUAGGAAAAUAGUCAAACAUCCAUGGUAGAUCAAUCCAUCAUUUCGCAUAUCCUCCAGCGGAGAAAAUUCCUCGCGUGAACCCUGAGACUAAGUCAUUUAUGGCUUGGCCUCCAAAAGCCGUCUUCUUAUCAUAUCCCACAACACCCCCCAAAACUUGUAGGAAGUGAUACAGGUACAUCCGCAAAUGAGGAAGCAGUAACCUAAGCGCUAGAGACACUGAAAAGCACCAAAAAUAAGUAAGUUGAGUACCUCUGGAAAAAAGAAGAUAAAAGGAGAGCUUAAACAAAAAUAAGCACCAAAAGCUUGAUCCGAUCACUAUUUGAGGAUAACUAAGGUAGUAAUUCCGUGUGUUAUCUAAAACUGAAGCAUCUGAAUAACAACAACAAAAACAACAACACCUGCCAUCAGUCAAGAAGAAAAACAUGGUAGAGCGGACCUACGGAUAGCGAAGGACGCGAAGGAACGGAUGAACAAGAAGAACUCACGAAAAGGAGGCGACGAAGCACCAAGAUUAUCGAUUUAUAAUUUAUAACUCUGGUUUUGACAGUAUAAGCAUUAAAGACGUAAGCUAGUUAUAAACAACAGGACUGCACCUACAACGAAGGCGAAGUUGUGGAAGAAAAACCUCAAUAAAGGAUGAUACCUGGAACGUACGUGCCGCAGGCGCAGCGCCAACAGAUGCAACCCAUGCACAACUACAACACAAGAGCAGCCGCGAACUUCAACAACAACAUGGGCGGUGGUGGUUUUGGUGGCUUCAAUGGAUUUGGUGGCAAUGGUGGUGGAGGGCAGCAAUUCCAACAGCGGGAGCGGAUCCAUCUGGGACAGGGAGUGAAGGACUCGAACUCCAGGGCGGUAGUCGAUAGAGAUAUCAUGUAUGCUGACCACUAUGCCUAUGGGACUUCAAACCACGCAACAACAAAGUACCACCUUCCGCAAGCACUAGACCAACAAGUAAAGAAAUGCGCACCACUAGGAGAAUGCCCGUACAUGGUACUAGUGCCACAAGUAGACCCUAUUCUAGUCCCUCGCACCUAUUCCUUGUUCUACUAUCGAAUGGCGGCGAUCUUCUCGAGGUUGACAAAAUCAGAAAUGGAGAAUCUCAUGAGGACAAUGGAGAAAGAGGUGGAGAAGGUGGAAAAAGCGGCAAAAGGUAAGGACAAGGUGGAGCGUGAGAAGCAAAUUAUCAAAAUAGUGGCGCCUUUAGACAUCGACUUCGAAACGGCGAUGAUGUCGGACUUGGACUACUACAGAAUGAGGAUUGAGCCUACCUCUGAAGCGGAACCGGACACCCCAAAGUCAGAGCAGGAGUUUGACCCGGAGGACAAGGAGCGACGACGCGAGAGACGGAUGAAGAAUGAGGAGAAAGAUAGUAGGGUGGAAAGUGUGAAACAGGUGGAGGCAACACUAAGAGGCAUCAAGACGACGAAGAAGUCAACUAAGAAGACGAACGAAAAGGUCGGAAAAGGAGGAAGAGACGCGAACGACGAGAAGCUGCGAAACGAGUUAGCAGCGAAAGAGGCUGAGCUCAUGGAGAAGACCAGGAUCCUAUCUUUGCAAACAGCUGAGAUGGAACAGAAGGCACGAGAAAGCCAGGCGGAAAUGAUGAAGAAGCAAGAGGAUAUGAUGAAGCAAAGCCGCGAGGCGAUGGAGCUACAGCAGCAGCACAUGAUGCAGCAGAUGACUGCAAUGAUGCAGAACAUGAUGGUCAUGAAGAACAGCCAUGCGAUCGUGCCAGUGGGGGAGGAUCAAAAUAAGAGACGACUACAGAAGCAUCCAUCGGACGCAAAUCCGGAGGAGCGCUGCAACAAGGACAAGAAGAAGCAAAAUAGCAGGCUCAUAGAUGUGGAGGAAGACGACUACAGCCCGAUGGGAGGAACAGGAGUGACGAAAGCACCAUGGCCGACAGCCAACCAAAAUACAACGGGCAGGGAUGAAAAUAAUAAUAGUGGUGGAAAUACGACGUCAGCCACGUCUGUAGGGGCGUCACUAUCCUCGUCUUCCAGUUCUUCUACCGCCUCCACUUUGACAGCGGCUAACAAUGGCGGGCAUAUCAGCAGCUUUUCUGUCCUGCCCUCGCACUCUACAUUUGGUUCGACAACAAUCCCUCAGACGACAACCACUACAACUGGCGGGAACUAUGGCGGCAUCAACCAGUUUGAGCCGAGCAUCUUGAACAUGCAAGGAGGAGCACAAGGAGCGGCAUCUGACAUGAUGGCGCAGUUCCUAAACAUGGGAGCGACAUCACUAGGGACUACAGCAGGCUUGAUGGGCAGCACGACGAUCCCAGGGGGGACGCCGAAUUUCCAAUGAAGGGCACCACAGGAGAAGGAGAAGUAGUGAUAGAGAAGGAGUUUGUGGAGGUGGUAAAAAGUAUGAGGAGGUUCAGUGAGGAGACACUGCAAGAACAUGGUGAGAGGACACCAGAGGGAAGAAGAAUUUGGUUCAACAAUCAAACGAUAAAGACGAGACCGAAGUCGCAGCUGGUUUAUGCAAUAGUGCUACGACUUGCGGUUGACCUAGCGAGAGAGAUCAAAUUUAGUGGUACAAAUAAUUCCUUUGCCUUGUUUGUUAGGUCGCCGAACAUGCUCUAUGGAAUGGUGAAACAGUUACAAGAAUUGCUGUACAGGACGAUAGACGAGAGGUGUGUCUUCUGCUCGUUGCCCCCUGAUGUCCAUUGCAGAUGCAAAAUAAAAAUGAACACGCAGGCCAUCUGGAGAUGUGGACGCUACAGAGAAGAAGAAGCAGAUGAGUUUGGCGAUAAGCUGGAUGGUGGACUAGCAUCAAGAACGCCGGAGAGAUACUGCAGAAAGCGAGCAUGCGUCACGUUGUUCAAGAUUGUUGAGGUAGUUGGUCUUCUUCAACUUUUUCAAAUGAGAACGAAGUACUCGAAGAACUUACUAAGGAAAGUGGAACUAUGCAAAAGGCACCUGAUAGAAGACGAAGCUGUAGGAAAAGAAGGAAACGUUUGGUAUCUUGCAACGAUUUUAGAACAAAAGACUAGAUAUAUAGGAGAAACAACAGUAGGACUAACAGAAAGAUCAUACAAGCACUGGUAUGACCAAGUGAGGUGCAACACAGGCAAGAGGUUCUUGGCUGAUGCAGACUUCAUGCGCAACAUGUUCAUUACACUAGGGGAGAUUAAGAACGUGACCCCGGCACAUCUACUAGCGCUGAGGAGGAGGAGAAGAGGACGGCCCAAGGACAUGGCAACGAAGUACUUGCUAAAGGCGGUGGAGUCUUACCUGGUAGCAUUCUUUGGGGUAAAUAGGAACACACAACAAGCAGUUUUUAACAGAAGAUUUGGAACAAGAGAAGUGCUUUUAGUUGGAAAGAAGAAGAAGGUUUUUAAGUCCACAAGACUAAGGAGGAACAACAACUACCACCCCCCGAGCAGUAACGAGCACCAGGAUAACCUCUUGGAAAGCGGCCUUAUGACGAAGCUGAGGAGGGUGAUAACAUCUGAAGGCGAAGAAGUAUCCAGAAGGAUGGGCAUGAUUCUCCGGUGUGCUGCUAGACUAUCGCCGCCGCUAUAUGUUAAGAAGUACUUCAGCACAUUAACCGAGAUGAUGCGUGAAAAAUCAAGGAAGUUGGCGAAGCAGGUACUAGAUGGCGACGCCUAUAUCAUCUUCAGCAAAAACAUGGAAGAAAUAUGCGGAAAGCGAAACGUGAAAUGUGUAACCAUUGCAGCUCCCUCCUACCUUCAUGAGGAAAUCAUCAAGCAGGCAGCCCUACUAUUUGGACUCCAUGGCAAGAGAAAGGACGUAGCUAUCUUAAGGCUGAAGAGCACAAAGAAAGAGACCUUCUUGUCGUAUAUGUCGAGGACUGGGCUGGAGAUGCAUGAGAUGAUGAGGAAGGUCACCUCGACAGCUUGCCCAUGCCAACGAACAGGAUUACCAAUGGAGAAACUAGAAGGCCACGUCUUCCACAAGAUUGAUGAUGGAGCAGACUUUGUGCGAGGCUGUGAGGAUUGGAAUUCGAAGUCCACACUUUGUCCGACGGAGGAUAGGGCGCAGAAGAUGGCAGAGCUAGCGAUGCUCAAGAUUGCGAGGAGAUUGGAUCUUGAUGGUACCACAAAAACACAACUACAAGCAACAUGCAGGAACAUCAUCAAGGGCAGCAAACGCCCGAAAAACCCGACCACUACGGAUGACGUCUAUGAGGUGUGGAAGGAGGCAUAUGAUGAAGGAUUUAUCUGCGAGGAGGUGGACAAAGGACCCGGAGAGGCCUACAUCGUGUGCCCAUUCAUCCAGAAGAUCAUGACCGAGAGACAUCUUGCUGCGACAUAUGAUAGACUAGGGGAUCGGUCGAGGUCGUCAAUUUUGAAGACGUUGGACAAGGAGGACAAGUUCUUCAAUGCCAUCGAUUACAAGUCGGAACACCCUAGGAAGAUGACCAACGUGGGACAUGCGAAGAAGAAGUCGCACAGGUGGCCCUUUCUGCGCGUAUUUGCCAAGAAGAAAAAUUGGAGCAAAACUAGUGGACUCACCAUCCGCAGCAUAAAAUUCAGACCAAUAACGAGCUACGCGGCGCACUACUUGAGGAAGCCCUUUAAGGUGGCGGCGACAGUCCUAGAAAAACUAAUAGAGCCGAUGAAGAAAGAGGACUACUUCUUCCGAUCACCACUGAAGUUCGUCGACAAGAUCAACAAGAUAAAUGCGCAGCAGAGGUUGAGAGGUGGCCGACGCAUAUGGAUAAGAACCUACGACCUUGACAACUUCUUCACGCAAUGCCGAUCGAGUCAGAGCAUAGGCUUCUUCAGAAGGCUGGCACUCAAGAAGAAACGAGAAGGAUUCCCGAUCGCUAUGAUUGAGAAGAACACCGCACUGGAAAAACGCACUGAGUACCAUAGGAAGAGGAACAGGCCCAAGAUACGACAGGGGACCAAGAUCCACUACGCGAGGAGACAGAAGCCGGAGCGUGAGGCACUAUUCGUGCGACCGUUUGACUUGGAAGCUAUGAAGAGGAUCUCCAACAAGUACCACAUAAUGAGCAUCGACCUGGCACUGGAACUGGCAGAGCUUGACUCUGAGUUUACUGUGGUGAGAGCGUUAGGUGGGCUGUACCUACAAAGAGGAGGCGCGCCGAUGGGCUCACAAUUUUCAGUGACGAUUGCGGAAGGGUAUGCCCUAUCGGUGGAGAGUGUUAUGAAUCCAAGAGUCCGGGCGAAAAAUUGGAUGAGAGGAUACCAGACGCUAAUGCGCACCAGAUACGUGGAUGGCAUCAUAUUGGUAGUACGAGAACGAACGGAAGGUGGAGGCAAUGGUAGAGGAAGAAGGCAGCCAGUAGUAGAAGACGAACUAAAAGAGCUAACGAAAGGCAGACUAACGAUAAAGGACACCACGGAGGAGGAGCUCUACCUUGGGCUACACAUCAAGACGACGGACGCCGGCAGAUUCAUCAGCGUGAAGCCCAGAGAUACCGGCAGGAUAGCCAAAAUAUCGCGAAGAAGCUACAUCACGGAGCAACAGAGGAGAGGGCUCGACUACGGGCUAUUCUGCAGGAGCAAGCUUUUGACGGAUGGAGCAACAUGGGAAAGGGAACAAGGAGGGGCGGGCAUGGUCUUGAAGUAAGAAGUAAGUAAGUGUAGGUCUGGCCAAACUCCCUUCGCAUCCACUUUUUAUAUAUGAUCCAGCAUCUCGAACUUCGUUAGCAAGUUGACGCCACUCUUUAGAUGUUCAUAGGUUACCCCAAAAACCCCCCCAAACAAGUGAAAAUAACUACAUAGACACACCCCCCCGAAAGAUCAACAUAUUACUUACAUACCUCGGCUAUAUAUUUCAUUAUCUAACUGUAGAUUUGCUUCUUCGCAGUCAACUAUUUUAAACUUGCCUCUUCGGAACCAACUAGUACAUGUCUCUUAAAUAGUACAAAAUAAACGAGUAGUGGUUGCUUCUGUGGCUGUCCGUGUGGCCCAACAACCAAUAUUCAGAUACCAGUACAUAAAUAGCUUUUAGAUUAAAAACUGUCCUUAUGGCUGCUUGCGCGGUCUGACAGUAGUAGAUAUAUAUAUUUUAGAAGUAAGGACAUGCAAACUGCUCCUACGGCUGCUUGCGCGGUUUGGUGGUUUGCAUUAGCUAGGAACAAUUAUAGACUAACAACAGCGACGGCAAUAAGAGAUAGAUAGGUGAAAGAGAAAGUAGCGGAAUAAAUAUAAGUAGAUAAGUUAACGGAACCCAAAACUCUCCUACGACUGCCCGCGCGGUCUGGUGACGGGGUCAAAAUAUCGAAUAUAGUGAUAAGGCGCGGCCGCAAUAUCCAACGUGAUCUGAUUGGUUUUUUGAGAAAUACUAGCAUCAUACCUUGAUCGUCUUGGCGCUGUGUGUUGAUUGAAUACAACGCAAACGCUUAUACAUUUUUGGCGCUAGUAGAAUUGGAGUUUUUUGAUUAGGAUGGUUGGUCUCUAGAAGAGUUAGCUCUUCACUUCGGUUUGGCUGUGUUUUACAUUGAUUAAAUAAGAGAAUGGACAACAAGUAGUGCAUAUAAACACAAACAAGAACUCCCCCGUUCGGUAUGAUCAUUCCUUGUCUUCUUCCGCUAUGAAAUCUUCUACUAAAUCUUACUGGGUGUUCCGGUCGUGUAAUAAAGAACUGAUGGGUUGUCAAGUCAAGAAAGAAGACCAAGAAAUCUCGUGCAGCAGGAAGGUCAAAACAAAAAUCUAAACAAAAUAAAAAUAGAAUAUCCUAAAUAAAAAGCUAAAAACCGUGACGCUGAUCCUCCCACAAGUGAUGAGAAAUGACCUUGGUCAGAUGUAUGAAGUUGGUCGUGGUGGUGGAUAAAAAGUUGGUGUGCGUCUUGGGAAUAAGUACUCGUAGGAUUAUUAGAUUGACAGAUUGGCGAUGUGCUAGGAUUUUUAGGUUGAUAGAUGGUAGUUUCUUCAUCUUCCCAUCUUUUGCUGGUAGCACUAUUUUCCUGGAUGGUGGUGGUUGUUAACAUUGUGGUAGGAAAAUAGUCAAACAUCCAUGGUAGAUCAAUCCAUCAUUUCGCAUAUCCUCCAGCGGAGAAAAUUCCUCGCGUGAACCCUGAGACUAAGUCAUUUAUGGCUUGGCCUCCAAAAACCGUCUUCUUAUCAUAUCCCACAACACCCCCCAAAACUUGUAGGAAGUGAUACAGGUACAUCCGCAAAUGAGGAAGCAGUAACCUAAGCGCUAGAGACACUGAAACGCACCGCAAAUAAGUAAGUUGCGUCCCUCUGGAAAAAAGAAGAUAAAAGGAGAGCUUAAACAAAAAUAAGCACCAAAAGCUUGAUCCGAUCAUUCCUCUCUUAUGCUGUGGCAUCACGUCACAGAGCUUCUUCGUAGCAUGAGUUUUCACAUGAUUGCUGAGGAUGCAGUUUUGAGCUGUUUCCUUUUUCCUGUGGACGUGUAUUCGUAUGGCAUCAUGUUCAUGCAAUGAACAUCGUCACAGGGGCAAAGGCCAAUCUGUCUGAGAGAAGUAAGUCUAGAUGGAGGUGAAAUAUCAUCUCAUUCCCCAUUUUUCCUGAAAGAUUAAGAUAGCAUCAUACUUGAAUAUCGUGUACCGAAAAAUUUUUAGUAUAGUUUUGACCUAGUCCGAGUUCUUAAACAUUCGUAAACAGAUCGCUUCGCAAGAAUUGACGCCAGCCACCGCUAGGCAAGGCAAAGAGUUAGACAAGAUAUUUGAGACAACAACCAACGCAAAAUCUUUCCAAGGGUUACUUGUUUCUUUUCUGAAAUCGUGGACUUAUCUAAUCACUUCAAGACUUCAAAAAGUAUUCACGUGGAAGCAAUAUUGCCCGGUGUUAGCUUCACACUCAAAUAGAG